AUGCAUGUGCACGAGCUAAGGUACGCAGUUUUGGGCAUUGAAGAAAAGUUCGCUUGUCGAAACCACAAGAAGAAGAAGAAGCACCACAAGCACAAGAAGAAGAGCAAGCACAAGCACAAGAAGAAGAGCAAGCACAAGCACAAGAAGAAAGGAAGCAAGUCCAAGAAGAGAGGGAGUAAGUCUAGAAAGAAGUCCAGGAAGAGCAGGAAGGGUGACGCUACCUCUGGGAGCCCUAGCCAGACUCAGAGCGGCGCGGCAACAGGCACAACCCCACCCCGCCAGGGGGCAGCCGCAAGAGCCGGUUCGGCAGGCGGCCGUGGGACUUACGGUAGCUAUGGAGCAGCUGGAGUAUAUGGGGCAGCCGGAGGCUACGGGUCUGCGGGAGGAUACGGCUCCCCGGGAGGCUAUGGAGCAGCGGCAGCGUACGGAGCAGCAGCCGGAGCAGCAGGAGCGUACGGAGCAGGAGCGUACGGAGCCGGAGAGUACGGAGCAACGGGAGCUUACGGAGCUCCCGGAGCCCCCGGAGCCCCCGGAGCCCCCGGAGCCCCCGGAGCCCCCGGAGCUCCCGGACAGUACGGCGCGUACAGCCCUGGAGGAUACGGCAAGCCGUUGAUGCGGACGAGCGACAUCAGCAUCUCCUCUAUCGGCGGACCCAGGCCAGCCUUGCGCCAGACGUACCGCGUUCGACGCGGUGGCGCCUCCACAAUAUCGAUACCAUCAAAAGAAGGCGGUGGCAUUGUGGUGGACGUCAAGUAUCGGAGAAGGAAACCGCCUUUCGGCUCUUUCGCGACCCCGGCUGGCUCGUACUCUUCCUCACAAAUGGCUCUGGCACCCGACUCGGUGUUAUACGACGACAUGCGUUUCAUGCCCAACGCCAUGUUCUACGGCGAUUCGUCCGAUAGCUACACGGAUAUGUUGUCAAGCUGCUCUAUUGACGACAGCUACUUCGGCGGCGCAUACGCGAGCUACCCGCCCGCCGACCUGUUGUACUCUCAGGGGGAGGGUGCCCUAGGUGGCGCGACGUUUCCGCCGCAGAUUCAUAUGCAAGCGCCCGGAGAUGGGUCCGGGGGGCCGAUGCUUUCACCAACCGUCCAGGUCCACAUGCAACCGCCAGCGGAGCCUAUAUCUAUGGACGUCCGAAUCUCUAGAUCCAAGGAGCGACUGUGCGGUCUGGGACAGCAACAAAUACCGCAACCUACCGAUGUACAGCAGAUACAGAUGCAUCUGACAUCUUUACCACAACAAUAUCCUGGCCAACCAGUCUUUCAGCAGACAAUACGCCAAAGUGGAGGAUCGCUCAUGGACGCGACACGAUUUGAGGUGCAGAACGUUGGUGCCCCAGUAACAAUCCAUCCACAAGUGCCGAUUGAUCAGCAGAUACAAAUACAACAACCUCCCUCGUUUCUCCUGCAACAACCAUCGCAGUCGUCGGCCCUCCUGGAACAACAGCUGGCACAGGCUCAAGCAUCGCAGUUGUUACUGCAACAGCAGCAACAGCUCCAACAGCUCGAAGCUCAGAGAUCUGCACAGCUACAGCAAAUGCAACAGGCUCAGCAACUUCAGCAACUUCAACAGCUGCAGGGCCAGCAGUACCAGCAAAUGCAGCAGUACUCCCAGUACCCUCAAUACUCUCAGUAUCCUCAGGCAUCAAUGCAAAUGAGUCCCAAUCUAUCUGCGCCUAUGAUGCCUCCUCAAGGAGUAGGCAGGCGAGGCUCACCGCGCAUUCAGGUGGAGGUGUCCACCAGCGGAACAAACUCGGCUGACUCUGGGGGGAUUGGAAUCGUGCACGGUCGAAUUAGAAGGUUGCGCCGCGGUGGUUAUGGAAGCCCGCCCAUCAGGUUUCCUGCACCUAGUUACGGGACACCACCGCCCAGAAGUUACAGCAGCCCCUCACCACGGUCUCCGAUGCCGGGAUACGGAACUCCGCCUCCAAGGCCACCUAUUUUGCGCCGCAGAGUGCCGCAGUAUCCGCAGUAUCCGCAGACACCGAUUUCACCAGCACCCUCGUCAUCGUAUUCGUAUACGGCGCCGCCGUCACCCACAUUUAUGCCACGUCGCAGAUCAUCUCCCAUGGCGCAGUAUCCGCAACUUUAUCCGGCGCCUUCGUACACGGCUCAGCAGUCACCUUCAUUUACGGCCAUGCCGUCGGCGUCGUUUACGGCCCCGCCGUCCCCGCCUCCCCAUUACCACCCGGUCUACAGGUCGCCGUCCGAUCCACUGCAAUCGUACUUGCCUCCCAUGAUGCGUCGCCCACGGUCUCCACCACCAGCGCCUCCAGUGACACCCGCCAAUGAUAAUUUCGACCCAACCCAGCCUACCGUCAAAAUAUCCACGUACCGAAUCCGACGACCCCGUCAAGUGUCUUCCGUGCCGUCGUACCCAAUGAUGUCUCCAAGUGGCUCUAUGAUGGCUUCGCCUCCCGCAUCACCCAUGCCUCUCAUGUCACCCAUGUCAUCGCCCUACCAGUCGCCCUACCAGUCGCCAUACCAGUCGCCAUACCAGUCGCCAUACCAAUCGCCUUACCAAUCGCCUUACCAAUCACCCAUGCAGUCUCCCAUGGUUUCUCCGUCACCGUCUAUGAUGCUGCCUCCUAUGAUGCCCCCACCUUCACCUUCCUUUUCUAUGAUGCCUCAGGUGCCAUCGCCGUCAGGUUCGAUGUAUCCCAUGCAGAUGCCGUCUCCUGUGCAGUCAGUCAUCGUGCAUCACCCUCCUCCACCACCGAUGCCGUCCCCUUCGUUCAUUCCCUAUCCAAUACAUAGCCCUAUCAUGCCAUCGCCGUCACCAUCGAUUACAGUGAACGCUAUGGUACCUCCAGUAGUGUCGCCGCCUCCCGUCAUAGUAAUGCCACCGCCGCCGCCGCCUCCAGUACCCAGCCCCAUAAUAUUGCCACCAAUACAGCCACCGAUGCAACCGCCAAUGAUGCCACCCAUGAUGCCGCCCAUGAUGCCACCCAUGAUGGGGCCGCAGAUGAUGGGGCCAAUGAUGGGACCCCAGAUGAUGGGCUCCAACUCGGAGAAAGUGUUUUGCAAGAUCGAUCGCUACGGAGGCUCGAGGUCCGAUAGCGACGACGACUACUACGAAGGUGGGGAUGGUUACCGCCGCAGGGGCCGUCGACGUAGAAGGGGCAAGCGCUGGCGCUCGCGACGCAGCUCGUAUUCGCCCUCCGAGUCGAGCAUGCCGCAAAACGCGUCGCUUUACAGUGUGCCCUCGGCGCCGGCCUUCCUGGGACCCAUACAGCCGCAGCAGCAGCAGGUCUACCAGAUGCAGCAGAUGGGCAUGCCGCAGCGCGCGGCACCAGCGGCGGGCCUGGCGUCCUCGCCGCAGCCGCCGUACAUCACCGACAUCUCCAACGACCAACGGGACCUCGACGCCAUUGAGAAGGCGAUGAAGAAGAUGUACGUAGAGCGGUAUCCGAGCGAAAACGAGAGGCAGUCCCUGUUCCCCGAGCGUUCGCUGAUCAUCAUUCUGGCUCUCAUCUUUAUCUUCGUCAUCGUGGUCGUCGUGAUCGCCGUCAUGGGCUCCUCGCGUCCCGGGUUCCUGCAUCCCCCGACGCUGCCUCUGCCAACGCUUAAGACCGCGGCCCCGCCGACUGCCGCGGCCCCGUCCACUACCGCGGCAGCCUCGAGCACAGCAGCGGCGAAGACGACUGUGAAGUCGUUCCUGGCAUAG